AUGGAAGAUUCCAGAGUUGGAACCAUGGAUUUGCAUGAGUGUGCUGAUAAGCUUCUCCAAUUGCCAAUCACUCAGCAAGCCUUGGCACGAGAAUGUAGCAACAAAUGUGUUGAUGAACUAUUAGAUGGAUCUGUGAAGAUCUUGGAUAUUUGUGGUACAAUUAAAGAUUGCUUACGGCAACAAAAGGAAAGCAUGAAUGAACUCGAGUCAGCUAUUCGCAGGAGAAGAGAUGCUGAAGCUGGAUUCACCAUUGAGAGUGGGAGAUACUUGUCUUCCAGGAAACAGAUAAAGAAAGCAAUUCGAAAGGCCUUGGAUUUGCAUGACUAUGCUGCUAAGUUGCUUCAGUUGCCCACUACCCAACAAGCCUUUGCCCUAGAAUACAGUGACAAGUGCGUUGAUGUUCUAUUAGAAAGGUCCCUGAGGCUCCUGGAUAUCUGUAGUACAGCCCAAGAUUGUCUCUUGCAAUCAAAGGAAAGCAUUCACAUGGUUCAGUCUGUUAUUCGAAGAAAGGGUGCUGACACUGGAUUCACAGUUGAGGGUGGAAAAUACUUGGCAUAUAGGAAGAGGAUGGAGAAGUUUCCUGUGUUGCGAGCAGUUGCUGUUUUGUACAAUAGUUCAUCUAUAACUGCAACUGAUUUAUACGAUUCCAGUUAUGGAACUGGUGAUUUGAAUUUAAGACAAAAACUAACUGAUCUCCAGACUUUGCAUGAUUGUAUUGAAAAGCUGGUUCUACUGCCUCUUACUCAAGAAGUCCUAGUCCAAGAGCGUCAAGAGAAGUGGGUAGAUGAGCUUUUAGAUGGAUCUUUAAGUGUCCUAGAUGUAUGUACUGCGGCAAAGGAUGCUUUGCUUCACACAAAGGAAUGUGCGCGCGAACUUCAAUCAAUUAUGAGAAGAAAAAGGGGAGGUGAAAUGGAGGUGUCAGCUGAGCUUAUAUGGUUAUCAGACAAGAUCUCCAUGCUUUGGGAGGAAGUUACCAAUGAACAACAAGUCUUAGCACGAGAAUGCAAUGAUAAGUGGGUUGAUGACCUACUAGAAGGGUUUCUUAGACUCUUGGAUAUUUGUGGUGCAGCUAAAUAUUGGCUUCGGCAAUCAGAGGAUAUCAUGUGCGACUUAAAGUCAGUCAUUCCUAGAAAGAAAGCUUCUGACUCGAGUGAGGGCAAUGAGGUGUCGGAACAAGUUUGUGGCUUUGCUGAGCUGGCUUGGAGCUUGCCUCAAGCUGGCCUGCCCACUCCAAGUUGGGAGUUGAACCAUGGGAACUGUGCGAAGGCAUUGAUCUCCUGGUUCCUAGACAAGAGGGCACCGCGUCAGGCUGGUUUCACAGAGCAGCGAAUACCUCUGGCUCUUGACAGUGGAGGGAUUACAGGCUGCUGCACGUCCAAUCCUCUAGCUUGGAGAACUGUGCGAAGGCAUUGGUCUCGUGGUUCCCAGACAGAGGCACCGCGUGAGGCUGGCUACACAGUGCAGCGAACACCUCUGGCUCUUGACAGUGGAGGGAUCACAGGCUGCUGCACUUCCAAUCCGAUGAGCUUGUACUGGGGUACAAAUAGUUUUGCAAAAGCAAUUGAAAAAUGGCCAUCUGUUGUUCUCUACAACCUCUUUAGGACCAUUCAUAAUGACUGA